CACGACGGGGAAGGACCGACAUGUACAAUAGUGCUGAAAUUAUUUUCGACCUGAGGAAAACGAUGCUUUUGUUUGGAUUAUGCCUGGUUUGAAAUGAAAAUUCUGCCCGGAAGUGAUUUUAAAGGCUUGAUUUAAUCAUCGAGGUUUUAUGAGGAACAAUACUGGGACAGAACAAUGACGAGGCAAGUAACGGCGUUGAUCUUCAUCCUCUACAUCGGCACGGUGCUCGGGCAGCUUUCUUACACUAUUCCGGAGGAAAUGACCAAAGGAUCCAUAAUAGGAAAUAUAGCUCUUGAUUUAGGGUUACAAGAUAAACGUUUAACGUUUGGAAAUGCGCGGAUCUUUACCAGAGACAGUAACGACUACGUCGAGCUGAACACAGAAAAGGGAGUUCUUAUUGUUAAGGAGAGAAUUGACAGAGAGAGCCUCUGCAAAAAAAAGACACCUUGCGCGUUACAUUUUCAGAUUAUUUUAGAAAAUCCCAUCGAAUUCUACAGUGUUGUUAUCCAGAUUGCGGAUAUUAAUGAUAAUGCGCCAUCUUUUGAGACAAGUGAAACGAAAUUCAAGAUUAGUGAAUCUGCAGUGAUUGGAGCAAAAUUUGUCUUGGAAAGAGCUUUAGAUCUCGAUGUUGGAGUUAAUGAUAUAAAAAGCUAUACUUUAAAGCCAACAGAUAAUUUUGUAUUGAAACUACACACUAAUGCUGAUGGAAAUAACAUUGAGAUGGUGUUACAGAAGCCUUUAGACAGGGAAAAAGAGCCAAAGAUAAACCUGGUGUUAACUGCUACAGAUGGAGGAGAACCACAGAUGUCAGGAACGAUGCUGAUUAUUAUUACAGUUUUGGAUGCUAAUGAUAAUGCCCCAGUUUUUACACAACAGACAUACAGAGCUACUGUCAUUGAAAAUUCACCUAAAGGAACGGUUGUGGCUACUGUCAAAGCGUCAGAUGCAGAUGAAGGUUUUAACAGUAAAAUUACAUAUACAAUUACAAACCCUUUCGAUGAGGUCAGAAAUAUAUUUGAAGUAAACGAAGGUAAUGGUGAAGUUAUUUUAAUUGGAAAUACAGAUUUUGAAGUCUCAAGAAGUUAUGAAAUCAAUCUACUUGCAAGUGAUGAAGGUGGACUUAGGGAUUCCUGCAAACUACUUGUCGAUGUACAGGACAGAAAUGAUAACAUUCCAGAAAUAAAAAUAAUGUCGAAGUCCAAUGUUAUUACAGAGGACGUUAAAAUAAAUACAGUCGUGACAGUGAUAAGCAUUGAGGAUAAAGACUCUGGGACAAAUGGAAUUGUAAAAUGCUUUUUGAAUGAUGAUAUCCCGUUUAUUUUGAAAUCAUCAGAAAAUGAUUUCUAUAGAUUAAUAACGGACAGCGAGUUGGACAGAGAGAAAUACUCUGUGUAUAAUAUCACUGUGACCUGUGCUGAUGAAGGAGUCCCCUCCCUCUCAAGCAGCGUUACUCUCUCCUUAAAGAUUUCUGAUGUUAAUGAUAACCCUCCUGUUUUUGAAAUGAGCUCAUAUGAGACCUACGUUGUAGAAAAUAACACACCAGGUGUCUCGAUUUUCACAAUAAAAGCCACGGAUGCUGACUGGAACCAGAAUGCCCGUAUUUCUUACAUACUGGAGGACUCCUCUGUUAAUGGAGUUCCAGUCUCCUCAUAUGUGUCAGUUAAUGCUGAAAGUGGAGUCAUCAAUGCAGUUCACUCCUUUGACUACGAGCAGAUUAAAUAUGUCCAAUUCUGCGUCAAAGCUCAGGACGGGGGCUCUCCUCCACUCAGUAGCAAUGUGACUGUAAAAAUAGUGAUACAGGACCAGAACGAUAACCCCCCUCAGGUUCUCUAUCCAGUCCAUACUGGUGGCUCUGUAGUCGCUGAAAUGGUGCCUCGUUCAGCAGAUUACAAUUCAUAG